AUGAGCGUGAUGGAGAUAAUAGCAUUCUCAUGGGAUAACAAGAGGGUGGCGGCUGGAUCUCGUGAUGGAACAUUCGCAGUCUGGAACGCCGACAACGGUGAACUCAUCAGCACCUUCCGCCUGGACCGUCGUUUCCAAACAUUGAAUGUCGAGUAUUCUCUGGACAGUAAUAAGGUCAUAGUUACCUUGCUGAUAAGGGGUGCUCGCAUUUUCAACCUGGAAAAGGGACGGCGGUUGAACAAGGACGAGUACGACGACGACAAAUCCCAGACAAGCCAAGGACCAGGGACCAUCAGACUCGAACGGCGUGCCAACUGGAUCAGUAUCAUUGACAACUGGGUCGCGUUCGGGGGAUAG